AUGAAACCGCUCUCCCUCCCUUCGCAGGGCCCACCACGACUCCCCGUGCGUCCGCCCCCGUCUCCGAGAGAAGACGCCCCCGUCUCAGGACCCGAACCCGUCGCCAGCGGUGGUGAAGAGAACCGGGCAGCAACAACGACAAUGCGGCUGUUGUCUCCGCAGGCGGGGGCCCCCUCUGCCGGCAGUGGGGGGUCUGGCCCAGACGCUGGCACGGAGGACGACCCAGAGUACGACACGGGGGACGGGACAGACGGGCAGGCGCCGACGCAGACAGAGGUGCCCGUGCUGCCGAAGCGUCCGGCCCUGCUGACGGACCUGUCGUCGCCGGAGGACUACUACCGGGAGGAGGAGAACGGAUUCGCCAACCUGUCCGAGUUCUUUUUUCUGAACCCCGUGUCCGGCACAAGCACAGGCACGACAAGCAUCAUGGACAACCCGCCCAGGCAGCUACAGCCGCUGAGUCUCACGCUGCCCAGCAUCACGUCGGUCGCCAACAAGGGCAUCUACUCGGCGGGGCACGGGACGGCCAGCACGGGCCACGCCAGCAACGGCAGCAGCAGCAGCAACGGCAGCAAUGGCAGCAACAACGCUGGCAAGGGGAGCGGCAGCCGGAAAAGCAACCCUGGCAUCCCCAGCCUCAACGGCAGCGACAGCGGAAGCAACCACAGCAACAGCAACAGCAGCAACCACAGCAACAGCAGCAACCACAGCAACAAGUUCUACAUUCACCUCCUAGAAGACGUGCAUCUGGACGACCAGACGGUGCUCUUUGACCUGGUCGACACGCUCAUGCGGGUGCGGUCGGAGAACGAGGAGCUGAAAGAGGGUCUGUGGGACAAGAUCGACUCGUUGAGCACCGCCACGAGGAAGAAGGCCGGACCGGGCCGCCCGGACGACGCCGCCCGGUACGACCACAACAGCUUGUUGUUUGACUCCAAGCUAACCAACGAGCAGCUGAAGCAGAUGCUUGACGAGCAGCGCACGUACAACGGCGUGUUGGCCCAGACCGUCGACGAGUUCCAGGACUCGCUGGACACCAUCAUGGACUCGCUCGUGGGCUCCAACCAGGACGCAGGCAUCGAGCUCCUCUCUGCCAUCCGCAAGGGAGAGGCCGUCGUCGAGGAGAACUCCGACGAGAUGUGGAAGUCGUGGAUGGAGGUCGUUUCGGCCUUGGACGACGUGGCCAAGUUCGACCGCGCAAUCGUGAAGACGGUCCACGGCCUAUAGCGUAUACGACGCCGUUUUGGGCAUCGGCACUGGACUAGCAACCGUGUAUUUUCUACCUAACGAAACAUGAAACCC